AUGGCUCAAUCUGUUGACAUUUCUUGUCCCAAACCGUUUAACGUCCAAGGGGACACUGCUGGUAUUACUGAUGACGUCCGGAAAAGGGCUCUAAUCCUCCAUUGUGCAGGGGAUGAUGUACAAGAAGUUUUUGAUACAUUACCAAAUGUGGGAACUACAUAUGCUGAUGCUGCUGCGGUAUUAAAAAUAUUUUUCGAACCAAAACAAAACAAACACUUUGAACGACAUGUGUUCCGGUGCUGUAAACAAAACGAAGGCGAGAAUAUUGAUGCAUAUGUUACCCGCUUACGCAUAUUAGCCAAAACAUGUGUCUUUCAUAACACCGACGAAGAGCUAGUUGACCAGAUUAUUGAAAAGUGCAACUCAAACAAACUACGCAAACGAAUUCUCAGGGAGCCAGAUCUCACGCUAGAAAAGUUGCUUUCUCUUGCUAGAAUCAGUGAAGUUACAUCCCACCAAGCAAAGCAGUAUGAAAGCAGUGCUCAAGCUGCCACAUCUCUUACUCUAGACAGCAAAUACAGUGACAGUGACGGAGAGGAAACCCAGAACAACAACUACAUCAGCCGAACUACUCGAACGUUCAACAAGCCACUGAAAUCAGGCAUCAACCGAAAAAAUCAGCAAUGCUACCGGUGCGGCAGCUCUACUCAUCUAGCCAACAAAUGCGAGAUAACACAAGGAAAGAAGUGUAAUAAGUGCGGGAAAAUUGGACAUUUCAGUAAAGUUUGUUUGACCCAGUCAAAACAGGUGCGUUAUGUCAAACCGGACACAAGCUCAUCCGACAAUGAUGAUUUUGUCUUCCAACUGUCGACACUAGAGAAAGACACAAAUCCAACCAUCACAACGAUAAACAUCAACGAUGCUGAAUGUGAAGUAAUGAUUGAUAGCGGCAGUUCUGUUAACAUCCUGGACAGCAGGAUUAUCAAACAAAUGCACAUCAUCCCGGAUAUCCACCCAUACUCAAAAAAGGUACUUGCUUAUAAUGGACAACCAAUACCAAUCACUGGCUACAUAUGGACAACAGUCAAAGCUAAUACCAUAACCAAACAGGUGAAGUGGCUUAUCAUGGAAAAUCAACGCACCAACAUCAUGGGGUACCAAACUGCUAUGGCAAUCCAACUGCUUCACUUUGGACCACUCACAAACCAUGUCAACAACAUCCUGUCUGCAGAGGAACAACUACAUACCCUCCUCAACAAAUACUCUGACCGCUUCAAAGGACUUGGGCAACUCAAAGAUGUCAAGAAUAAAAUUCAAGUAGACAAUACUGUUGUACCAGUUGCCCAGAAACCACGACGGUUACCGAUAAUGCUACAGAAAGAAGUCGAUCAGGAGAUAAGCAAGCUGCUGAAAUUAAAGGUGCUAGAGAAAGUAGAUACACCACCUACUUGGGUAAAUCCUCUCAUUGUUGUCCCCCCAAAAAAAGGAAUACAACUAUGCAUCGACAUGCGAGUUGCAAACUCUGCAAUCAUCCGUGAACCUUACCAAAUACCACGAUAUCAUCAAAUAACUUUGGAUGACGAAUCACAAGAUCUCACCGCAUUCGCAUCCAGCAAAGGGAUUUUGAGGUACACCAGGUUGAUAUAUGGCAUCUCUCCAGCCGCAGAAAUAUACCAACGAGAAAUUGAACAUGUACUACAGGGAUUGAAACGCGUCCGCAAUAUCUUCGAUGAUAUAAUCAUUGGAGCAGAGUCAGAAAAGGAGCUGCUAAAACGGACCGAAGCCGCACUAAAACGACUUAGAAGACAUAACAUCACUGUCAACAAAGACAAAUGCAAAUUUAACCAGAAAGAGCUAACAUACAUGGGGCACACACUGUCGGAUAAAGGAUUAUCGCCAGAUAACCGCAAAAUCGAAGCGGUGAACACACUGAAACCCCCUUCCAACAUCAAGGAACUGUGUUCAUUCCUGGGCAUGAUCAACUACUGUGCGAAGUUUCUACCAAACUUAGCAGACCUGACAGCACCACUACGUGUUCUCACCAAGAAAAACGUAUCUUGGGAAUGGACCAAUGAACAUCAAGAAAGAUUUAUAAAGCUAAAAUCCAUGCUGACAUCAGCAGAAAGUCUAGCCUACUACAACCCAGGGUCGGAAACAGAGAUCACCGUUGAUGCAUCACCCAUCGGUCUAGGCGCAGUUAUCUCACAGAAACAACCUUGUGGAACCUAUCGACCUAUCAGCUAUGCAAGCAGAUCGCUGUGUCCUGUCGAACAAAGAUACAGUCAGAUUGAACGUGAUGCUCUAGCCAUAUUGUUUGCCAUUGAACGAUUCAAGAUCUAUCUAUACGGCAUCACGUUUAUCGUCAACACCGAUCACAAACCGUUGGUGGCACUGUUCGGGAAGAAAUCUAACCCACCACCAAGGAUAGAACGCUGGGUAAUGAAACUGCUUCCGUAUGAUUUCAUUGUUCAAUUUCGACCCGGAGUCAACAACCCCGCAGAUUACCUCUCUCGAUCGAACCCCGUACAAACACUCAGAGAAGACAGCAAAAUGGCAGACCGAUACAUACACAUGGUUUGCAACACCAGUCUGCCAGUAGCGCUGUCCCUUACUACCAUACAAGAAGCAACUCAUCGUGACCCAGUCCUCGUGAAGCUGAAGGAGUGCCUACACAAAGGGCACUUUCCUGACAAAGGAGCAGUCACCACUUUCAAGCGUCAACGACUGCAUUUGUCCGUCUCGAAAGAAAUUGUCAUGUGUGACAACAAAAUUGUCGCGCCAGAGGAAUUGAAGCACCGCGUGAUCGACCUUGCACAUAAGGGACACCAAGGAAUAGUGCGCACUAAGCAACGUCUGCGCACAAAGGUCUGGUGGCCGGCAAUGAACGCAGACGUUGAAAAUUUCAUACGUCAUUGUCACCCUUGCCAAGUGGUUGGACCUGCGCAGACUCCAUCACCAAUGGAAACAACUCCGAUCCCCAGGGGAGCAUGGCUGAUGUUAGGCUGCGACCUGUGUGGCCCGUUUCCGACAGGAGAGAAUCUUCUCGUGUGUAUCGACUACUUCAGUAGAUUCCCGGAACCGAUACGGGCACCCGAAGAACUGGUGAGCGACAAUGGACCUCAAUUUGUCAGCAACACAUUCAAAGAACUAAUGAACGAAUUCAACAUCCACCACAGAAGAGUAACACCAUACCACCCACAGGCCAAAGGCGAAGUAGAGCGUUUUAAUCGUAACCUGAAAAAGGUCGUUCAGACGGCGAUAGCAGAAGCUAAAGACUGGCGUGUUGUAAUGCAAAACUUUUUGCUUAAUUAUCGCAACACGCCACACGCCACCACAGGAGUCACGCCAGCUGAACUGUUCAAUAGGACACUCAGGGACAAACUGCCCAGUCCCAGUGAAUGCGAUGGAAAAACAAGUCGACCAGAUAUUCGUCGUCUAGAUACUACAAAAAAGACGCAAGCCAAGAUCUUAAUGGACAAAUCCAGACGUGCCAAACCGCACCAAAUCAAGGUUGGCACACCAGCUUUGGCCACCAACAGCUGGAAACACAAAAAUAAGUACACCAGUCGCUGGGACCCAAGACCUUUCGUCGUCACUGGGGUAAAAGGGAGUGCUAUAUUCUUAAAGCGAGAUGGCAAGGAUACACUAAGAAACUCUGGACAGCUACCAUCAAUCGACAAUGAUAUACACAACGAAAAUAUUAUAGAUAACAGUUACGACGCUGAUACUGACAGCAAUGCAACGGUAGCAUACGACGAAUCCGAUACAGAAAAGCACAACGACAGAGGAAGCAACGAUAAGCCCGAUGACGAGGCGAAGACUGACAACGAAAUGAAAAAACGAACUCGAAACAAACCACGAAGACUUGAUGAUUUCGUGAUGGACUAA